AUGGACAUUAAAACAACAAAAAAAAGUUAUCUAGAUAUUUUAAAAUAUUAUAGCAAAGAUGAAUUUCGCAAUGAAUACAUUUUUCAUAAUAACAUAAAUCAAGAAACACAGAAUGACUCUUAUAAUGAAGAUGAGCACUCCUCGCUAAAUAUAAAUGUAGAAUUGUUUUUUUCUUUGUUGUUUUCUAAUAAAAGUAAUUAUUUUUAUAAUAUAAAUGAUAAAUACUUUAAUGAAAAUAUUUAUAAAAAAGAAUUAGAAAAUUUUGAAGAAAAAUUAAUAACUAAGUUAAAAAAAGAAAAAAAGCAGAAAACAAAAAAUACAAAGAAACAACAUCUUUUCUUAAACAAUGGAUAUAAAAAAAUUGAACAUUAUUUUUUUAGUAAUAAGAAAAAUAAAACAUGCACUAUAUGUUUAAUUAAUAACGAUUCUGAAUACCUUGAAAAGUGUAAAAGUUGUUCUUUGUAUUUCCAUGCAUACUGUUAUAAAACAUUUUGUGAUAGUUUUAAUUUAAAUAAUUUUAUUUGUGAUGUAUGUUUAGAAUCUAACAAUUAUAAAGAAUCUAGAAAUGAUAGAAAAUGUUUAGAUGAUAAUUAUAAUAUAUAUCAUUUUGCAUACUUAAAUGAUGAUAAUAGGAAAGAAAAAAUUAACGAAGUAAACAUAAAUAAAAACAAAGAAACAUAUAGUUAUUUAAAAAAAAUUAAUAAAUAUAUGAGUGAUAAUGAAUUAAAUUAUAAGAUUUAUAAAAAAGGAAAAAAAUUAAAAUAUCUAAUUAGAAAAAAAUGUGUUAAAAACUUUAAUAAUGGAUAUCAAUCGGAAACUAUUUCUAAUCGUAGAAAUUUUACCUUAUCACAAUAUUAUUACGAAAAUGAUGUAAAAGUAAAAAAACAUGAAAAAUUUAAUAAUACUAAAAUAUUGAAUAAUUACAAUAACACUUCCAUUAAUCACAUUCAUAAAAAAAUAAAAACAUUUAAAGAAGAUUGUAAAGAAGAAAUUAAGUGUGGCAUAUGUGAAAAGACAAAUAAAAAUGUAAUUAUGAAAAAGAAACAAAAAAAUCUUUGGUUUCAUUUGUGUUGCUUAUAUUAUAAUGAUAUUACAAAAAACAAUUCAAUGCUGCACAUUUACUUUGAAUAUUUUUUUUUUAAUCAUUAUAACGAAGAUUAUUUUAUAAAUUUAUAUGAUAACUUAAAAUCAGUAAAUGAUAUUAUAAUAAAAAAAAUUAAAACAGAAUUGUCAAAUAAUUUUAAUAUAAUAACUAAUAAUCAUUCUUUUAAUUUUUUGAUGAAUCCAUAUUAUUAUAAUUUAACAAUAAAGCAAAUUAAGAAUUUAAUAUAUUAUAAUUUUAUUUUAAAUAAUAAUACAUUAAACCAAAAUUAUUACAAUUUAAAUAACGAAUUGAAUUAUAACACUAAUUAUAAUAAAGGAAAUGAUAAGGUAUGUUGUAGCUUGAAUGAUAAUAACGUUUUAAAAAAUAUUACUACAUGUAAUCUUAAUUAUUUACAUAACGAUAUAUCAAAUAUAAAUAAAGGAAUAACAUCCAAUUAUAGUAACAAUAAUAAAGAAUUUCUGCAAGAAAAAAUAAAUGAAGAUAAAAAAAAAAAAGGAAAUUUAACAAAUGAAGGUGAGUAUAACUUACAAAACAAUAAAGAAAAAAAUUUUAUAUAUUGUAGUGACAUAAAUAAUUAUAAUAUAAUAAGUGAAGAAAAUUAUUUUAUGAAUGAUAUAUUAUAUAUUACAAAUAAUCAUACUAAAAACGAAAUAAAUUUAAGUAUAACUAAGCAAAAUGAUUAUAAUAAUCUAUUCAAAGAAAUAGAACAGCUAAUAUAUAAAAGAGAUUUUAUUAAUUUAAAGAUAUUAAAACAAAUAAAAGAGAAAAUUAUAGAAGUUAUAAAAAAUAAUAGUAAGCAAAUUUGUGUUUUUUGUAAAAAAUCUAAUGGAAUAAAAAGUAAAUGUAUGUUCCCUUCAUGUUCUACAUAUUUUCAUAUUUAUUGCUAUUAUAAUAAAUUUUUGGAAAAUUGUAAGAAAAUAAAAAAGUUAUAUAUUAAAAACAACUUAAAAGAUUCUAAUUUUUAUAUAGUUAGAAGAAAAAAUAACAAAAUUAACAUUUUUCAAAAAUGUAAUAAAAUUAUAAAGAAAAAAAAGCAUUUACAUAACUAUAAUAGCAAAAUUAAUAGAGAUAUAUAUUCUUUCAAUAAUUCUAAUAAAGAAUCAUUGGGAUAUAAAAAAAAAUACAUAAAAAAUGAAGAUUUAAACAAAAAUAACAACUUAAUUACUAUUAAUAAUAAUUUAUAUUCCAGAGAUUUAAGAAAAAUAAAUAACCAUACUAUUCAAAAGAAAUUAAAUAACUCCAAAGCUUGUAAUUUUCUUCAAAAAAUAAAAAAGGAUCAUAUUAAUGAUAAUAAUAUAUCACAUAACUCAGACAAAAAAUAUAUUUGGUGCCAGAAUAAUUACAAAAAAAGUGAAAACAAAGAUGAACUAAAAUUAAAUUACCUUCAUUAUUUUUCUCACAAAAACAUACCUGACAAAAAUAAUGAAAAUUUAAAAAGGGGAAAUGAUUCUUAUAAUACUUUAACAAUUAAAAAGGAAGAAUGUUACAAUAAUAAAAAUUGCAUAUACAUGAAAGAAAAUAAAGAAAAAAAAGAAUCUAUAUAUAUAAAUUUAAAUAAGAAAUAUAAAUAUAAUGUUGAUAUAGAUAAAAAAAAAGAAAAAAAUCAUUUUUUAUAUUCAAAUAAAUUGCAUAAAAAAAAAUUGGAUUUAUUAUAUGAUUAUAAAUAUAAUAUUAUAGAAAAAAUGGACAACAUUAAAUAUAAUACAGAGUUUGAAAAAGAGGUUACACUUGAAAACGAUUUUAAUAAAAAUAGUGAAAAAACAUUAUUUCAAUGGGAAAAAAAAAAUACGUAUAAAAGGAAAUUAAGUGAUGAAACGAAAUAUAAUAAUAAAAACAAAAACUAUGAUUCAUUCAAUGAUUGUAACAAAAUAAUGAAUGAAGACAAUCUAUCAUCAACUGAUUUUUCUUUCCCAAAUUCUAAUGAAAAAAAUAUUUAUCUAUCAAAUUUAAAUAAAGUUAAUGAAAAAUCAUCUUCUGCAUCGUCAUUAUGUUCAUCAUCUAUUUCUACAAAGUAUUUUUCAUCAUCAAUUCUAACUAAUAAAUCAUCUGUUAAAUCUUUUUCUUUUUCUUCAAAAUCAUCUUAUUCAUCUCUUCAUUCAUCAACAGUUCCUUCGUCGUCAUCUUCAUCUUCAUCGUUUGAUUCUUCAUCUUAUCAUUCAAACUCUUAUUCCUAUACAUCUUCUUCCUAUCCAACUUCUUCAUCUUUUGUAUCUUACACAUAUUCUGACCUUAACAGUUCAUCAUAUAACUCUCAAUAUUCAGAUAUAUCUUCAUGUGAAGAGAGUUUUCCAUAUUAUAAAACAAAACUACAAUUAAGUAGCUUAAAUAAUAGAUACAAUAAUUUGAAAAAAACAAAAACUUAUGAACAAAAUGAAAUAAAGAAUAUGAAUUAUGAGGAAAAUAAUAAUUUUUUCUCAAAUGGAUUAUUAACAUGCAAUUUAGAAAAUGUAAAUAAUAAUAAUGUAUAUAUAAACACAAUUAAAUUAACCAUGUGCCCAUUACAUAACAAUGAAACUGAUAUAAGAACUGUUAUGAGUUUAAAAAUGAAUGCUUUAGAUAAUAAAAAAUAUAAUAACUUAAAUAAUAUAUUCUAUUAUUAUUACAAUUCCUUUUUGCAUUCGCUUUUUUUUUCAAAUAAAUAUAUUCAUAUAAUGAAAGAAGAGGAAGCAGAAGAAGAAAAAAUAAAUGAUUUAAAAAAUCAACAACACAUAAAAGAACAAGAAGAAGAGAAAAAAAAAGAUUAUGAUAAUGUUGAAGAAAAUAAUUAUUACAUAGAAGGUGAAAAAAAAAAACAAGGUUACAUUAAUAAAAGAAAAUAUAACAUUAAAUAUGAUAAGAAAAAAAACAGUAACACCAACAUAGUGAAUGAUAACAAAAAUAUUAAUGAAACGAAUCUUAUGAAUGGUAUUCAAAUAGAUAAGUUUUGUAAAAAAAGAAAAAAAAAAAAAUUAAAUAAUUUAUAUUCAUACAGUUCAGAUAAAAUGAAGAACGAUGAGCAAAGUAGUAAUUUUUUAAAAAAAAAAAAAAAUGUAAAAAAUGAAUUCAAUAUAAAAAAUCACCAGAAGUUGAAUAGUAUAAAAAGUGAACAUGAAAAAAAUGUAAUUAAUGAUGAUGUAUCAUAUAGUAAUCAAAAAUUAGAAAAAUUGGAAAUUAAUACUAAUAAAAGAAAAAAAAUAUAUAAAAAAGAGGAAAACAAAAAUAUAAAUGAUAUAAAAUUAUUGGAGAAAGAUUUUAAUAUUAAAAAGGAAGAUACAUAUAGUAAUAUCGUGAAUGAAAAUUUUAAAGGAGAUAAUAGAUUAAACAAAAAAAUAAAAAAGAAAAAAAAUCAGAAUAUAAUAAAAGACACAAUAAUAAAAAAUGAAGAGAAUUAUGAAAAAGAAAAAAAGGAAAAAGAAAAAGAAAAUGAAAAUGAAAAAAAAGAAAAAGAAAAAGAAAAUGAAAAUGAAAAAAAAGAAAAAGAAAAUGAAAAAGAAAAAGAAGAAAAAGAAAAUGAAAAUGAAAAUGAAAAUGAAAAAAUUAAAAUAAAUAAAUAUGAUGAAAUAGGUAAAAAUGGCAAUGAGAAACCUGAAAAUGUAGAGGAUAUAUAUAUAAAUGAAAGUAAUAAAAAAAAUUUACAAUCAUUCAUAAAGUAUAUUGAUAAAAUUAUUGAAAAUGUUGAAACAAGCUCAAUUAUUAAAAACAAUAUAUGUGAAGGUAUAUAUUAUUUGAGGCAACAAAAUGGAUUAAAUAUUUUUCAAAAAUUCAAUGGGCGCUUUAAGAAACAGUUAAAAAUUCAAAAUAAAAAAAAAAAGAAAAAAAAGAGAAAAAAAAACCUAGGUGAAAUAAAUAUUAUGAGAAAAAUAAAUGUUGACAUUCAAAAAGGAAGUAAACAAAAAAAUAAUAAUACAGAUUUGAAAAAAAAGGUUAAUAUAAACAAAUAUUCCUAUUUAUUUUAUAGACUACCUUUAUUUAUUUUUGGACAAAAAUAUGUGAAUGAUGCAGAUAAUUUAAAAAGCAUUUAUCAUAUUAAAAAUUUUUUUCAACACAGAUGUGAAUUUGAUACUUCAAGUAAUAUCUUAUCGGUUAUUGAAUUAUUAAAAAGCUAUUCCAAUCAUAAAAUGUUUAAAAAAAGCGUUAUUUUAUCAAAUAAAACACUAAAUGAUAAAGAAGAAAAAAGUAAAAUUAAUCAUAAUAAUAUAAAAUUAUUAGAUAAUAAUGAAAAUGAAAUGAAUAAUUUAUAUAAUUUUAAAAUUAAUUCGGAAAAUAACAACACAUUUACAAGCUGUAAUAAGGAAAUAGAUUUACAUAAGGAAAAGAUGUAUUCCGAUGAAAUUUUUUAUUCGGUGAAAAAAAUUAAAAAUGAUAAUACAUAUUUAAAUGAAAACAUUGAUAUGAAUUUGGGUAACUUAGAGAAUUUAUUUUUCCCUAAUAAAAAAAUUCAUGACAAUCCAUCUAACGAAACUGAUAUUGUCGUUAAAGAUAAGAAAUCGAUAAAAGCGGAUACUGAUAUAUUAAAUAAUAGAAAUUUUAUAAAUUGUGAUAAAUUGGAAAAUAAUGAAAACAAUAUUCAUAAUCAAAUUAAAUAUGAGUGUGAUCAAACUCCACGUACACCUAAUGAUGUUAAUUUGAGUAAAAAAUUAAAAGUAUGUAAGAAAAGAGAUAAUAAUUAUAACAUUUUUAACGAUACAUAUAAUAUUUAUGAAUAUGAUAAAAAUGAAGAUAUUGAUAACAAAAAUAUAAAGAUAAGAAAUGAUGAAUUGUGCAAAGAAACACUUUCACAUAAUAAAAGUUAUAAUAUAAUUUUUACGUUAUUCGAUAAUGGGAAUAAUAUAUAUCUUUUAAUAUAUGAAUCAGAGAAAGAUAAUAGAAAAAAAUGUUCAAAAAAUAAGCAAUUAAAAAAAAAUGAAUUUAAUAACAUUGAUUAUUUUUUCAAUGAGCUAUAUAAUAAUUUAUAUCUAAAGAACUCAUAUGGAAGUAUAAGUGCUAUUUUGGAGGAAAUUUUUUUAAAUAAUAUCAAUAAUAAUAAUUAUAAUAAUAAUAAUGAAAAAUUAAAUUAUUUAAAAAUUGAUGGAACUGUAUUAAAUAAAAACAUAUUACAAAAUAUUUUGAAGAAUUUUAAUUUAUUUGGUAUCUCAAAAAAUACAAGUAUAAAGCUAGUAAAUAUAUUUGAGUUAACUUAUUAUGACUACUUAUUUAUAAAAACACAUAAAUUUUUUUAUUCAAAAAAAGGUGUUAAAAUAUAUGAUAACUGUAAUAAUUUAUAUGAAAUAAAGAAUAGUGAAAAUGAAGGUAAUGAAAUUAAAAAUGAUGAAAGUGGAAAAUUAAAAAAUCAUUAUAAUUUAUUAUCGUACCAAUUAAAUCAAAUCAUAAAUGACAGAGAUAAAGAAAAUAAUAAUAUUUUAAAUAGAAAAAGCAUUAUUUCAAAUAAUAGUGACAUAAUAGAUAAAAAUAAGAAUUUAAAAGAUAACAAAGUAAAUAUUUCAUUGAACCAAAUAGUACCUAAUUUAAAUAACUUUGAUGAAAACAAUAUUAAUGUAGAUAUUUUUGAAAAUGCUAAAAAUAUAAAUAUAGAUGUAGAUACAAAUAAGAAUAUGCGAAUAAAUAAAAGUUAUAGUAAUAUUCAUAAUAAUAUGAAUUUAAAUAUAAGUUAUAAAAAUAAAAUUUUACAUAAAAAAAUAUCAAAAAAUAUAUAUAAAAAGAAAAACAAACAUAAAAAAGGAAAUAAAAAGUACUUUCAAAUUAUUAAUAGAACAUCAUCUCAAUUAAAUAGUGUAAAUAUAAAUAAUAAUAUUAAUAAUAGUAUUAAUUUUAUUAUAAAUGAAUAUAUAAAUAACAAAACUUAUGAUAAUGAUAUAAAAGAGUAUUUAAGCGAUGUUAUUAAGAAAUAUAACAAUUUUAGUAUAAUUAAUGAAGAAUCAGAAAAUAAAGGCAAUGUUGAUAAAAAUAAACUACUAUCAACUAAUUCUUUUAGUAACUUUGAUAUAUAUAAGUUAUUUUUGUUAGAUAAUAAUGAGUUAGGUUAUUUUAACAAUAAUGAAGAUAAAAAAAAAUAUUUAAAUGAUAUUUUUUUAAAUAAGAAUAUUCUUUUAAAUUUUAAAAAUUCGUUUGUUAAAAAUAAGCAAAUUGAGUUUUUUAAUAUGAAUAUAAAUAACAAAAAUUAUGAAGAAAUAGAUUAUAAUUUUUUUGAUAUUAAGAACAUUUUAUGCUUUGAAAAUAAUAGAAAUAAUUUUAUGAAAAAAAUAAAUAAACAUAAUGUUGAAGAGUUAGAAGCAAAUAGUUAUAUAAAUAAAAAUGAAGAAAUAAAUGAUAAUGAUGAAAUUAUGAAUGAAGAAAACAAAAACAUUAAGUUAUUAAAUUCUUUUAAUAUGUUAGAUGAAAAAAAUAUAAACGCAGAUAAAUGGGAUGUCAUAAAUAAUGAAAAAACUAGUUUAAUGAAUAACAAAGAUGAUCUAAAUUUUUCACUAAAUUGUUAUAAAACUAAUGAUACAUUAGAUAUUUUAAUAAAAAAUAAUAAUAAAUUUAAUUUUAAUUUCAUUAAAGAAGAGGAUUCCAAUGAAGCAUAUAAUGAUGUAAAAAAUAAUAUAAGCAAUAAAUUUUUGAAUAAUUUGAAAAGUAAUUUAAAAAAAGAAGAAAAAACAAAAUUUUAUGAUUAUUUUAAUGAGAACAUUUGUAAUGAAAAUUUCAAUAUGAUUAUUGAUAAUAGUUAUGAAAAAAUAAAAAAUUUAUAUGAUAAUCUAAAUGAAGAAAUUAUAAAAAAUAAAAUAAUUUUAAUAAGUAAAAUAAUUGAAGAAAACCACAUAUAUAAUUUAUCAGAUAUGCCAAUUUACGUAAAUUUUGUCUUUUAUAAAUAUUCUUGCGUUAAUAACUGGAAUAACUUAAUUCAUAAUUUGGAGGAUAGUUUUUUAAAAGAAGAAGCAUAUUUUUUUAAUUUAAAAAAUAAAAAUAAUAAAAGUAUUAAUGAUAGAGAGAAUUCUGAGAUUUUGUUAGAAUCUUCAAAUGAAAAUAAUACUAUAAGAAAUGAAAAAACGAAAUUAAAUUUUGUAUUUAACAAUGAUAAUAAAUAUGUUAAACAAAUAAAUGAAGAAAAUAAACGACAUAAUUUAGUAAGUAAUACAAAUAAUUAUGUUUAUAAUGAUGAAAAUGAUGAAAAUGAUAAGAAUAAUGAUAUAACUAUCAGUAAUAUUAGCACACUUAUUACUACUACUAAUAAUAUUAGCGUAAAAGCUAAUACUUCUACAUAUACCAAUAAUACUAGUACUACAACUGAUAAUAAUAAUUAUUUUAAUAAAAAGAACGAAAAUGAAACAAAAGAAAUACCUAAUAAUAUAAUUAUAAAUAAGAAUGAAACAAUGAAUAAUGCUAUAUGCAGUGUUUGUUUUAACACAGAAACUAACAACAUAAAUAUAUUAUUUAAAUGUAUAAGUUGCUCUAUUUAUAUUCAUAAAUAUUGUUACGGUAUAUAUCAAAAAAAUAAGAAUGAUGAUUUUUUAUGUGAUAAAUGUGUAAUUAGUAAAUCCUUUAAAAAAAAUGUACAAAAUGAAGAUUUAAAUAAAAACAUAGGAAUCAUUAAAAAAAAAAAAAAAUUUAAUGGCAAUAAUAAUAGUAACACUAAUAAAAAUAUAGAUGAAUAUAUCAAUAAUUUAAAUGAAAAUGAUAAGAAUCUAUAUGACAAUAGUAAUAAUUUUUGUGAUAAUAAAUAUGUAGAUGAUAAUAAAUCUUUUGAAAAUUUUAAUUGUUUUAUAUGUAAAAAAUAUGGGGGUGCUUUAAAAAAAACAACAUCAAAAUCAUUUGUUCAUAUUUUUUGUGUUUUAUUUUUUAUUUCACAUGUUUUUUGUUUAAAUAUUUAUAAUUUAAAUUAUUGGAAUAUUAAUAACUUGAGAUCUUUUGAAAAUAUAUGCUGUAUAUGUAACCAAAGCGGUUUUGUUAUCAAUUGUUGUUAUCACGAACAUUUUGAUAUAAAUAAUCUAAAUAAUACUAUUAAAAAUUCAUAUAUAAAAAAUAACAAAUGUAAUAAAUAUUUCCAUCCUCUUUGUGCAUAUUUAGAAGGGUACCAUAUGAAAGUUAAAAUAUAUGAUGAUAAGUUCAUCACAACAUUUUUUUAUGAUAAUUGUUUUUCACUUUUUAAAGUAACAACAUAUUGUAAUGAUCAUAUACCUCUUGGUGUAUAUGAAAAUAGAAGUGAAGUUAAAAAAAAAAGAAAUAAAUAUUACAUGAACAGUGAAUGUAUUCCUCUUUUUAGUUAUAAUGAAAAAACAUUAAAAAAAAAAGAUAUUAAUAUUAAUAGUCUUAAUAAGACAAAAUGUUUGUACAAUAAACAAAAUGAUAAUAGUAAGUCUCCUACAAAGUUUGAUAAUACUAUUUUAAAAACAGAGGAAUGUAAUAAAAAUAAUUUAAUAAUAGACAUAGAUAAUAGAAAUAAAAAUAAUGAAACAAAUAAUAACUUAAUUGUUUCGAAAAAUGAACAUAUAUAUAAUCAAGAAAAUUAUAAAAAAAUUACAGAGAAAUGUGGAAAUAAUGAAGAACAUAAGAAAAAUAAAAUAGAUCAAAUUAUUGAAAACGAUAAAGAUAAAAACCAAAAAUAUAUAAAUUAUCACAACAGAAACGAUAAAAUAAAUAAAAUUGAAGAAAUUCCUAAAAUGUUUUCUGAAAAAAAAGAAAAUAAUCAUAUUGAAAUGAUUAAAGUUAUAGAAAAUAGUAAAAAACAAGUGAAAAGUGAUAUGCUCUAUGAAGAAAAAAAUUAUGAAAAAAAUUAUGAAAAAUAUUUAGGAGAAGGAAUAAAUUUACCUAAUUUAAAAAAUAUAAAUAUCAAGUGUAUGAAUUCUUUUAACAAAUCAGAUGAAGUUAAGUGUAUAGAGGUAACAAAUAAUGUAAGUAAAUCAGAAAUAUCUAUAACAGAAAAUGCAAUGAUCAAAAAUUGCAAUGAUAAUAGAAGUAUUAUUAAUAUAUGUGAUAAAUCAUAUAAUUAUAAAUGUUAUGAACAAAAGUCACCCAUGCAUGAAAUAGAAAGUAAAUUAAUAAAUUAUGAUUUAUUAAAUAAUAAUAAAAAUACAUCUAACAACUUAUCAGAUAAUACUAAUACGAAUUCGAAAACAUUUAAGGAACAUAUAACAGAUAGUAAAAUGAAUAUUAAUUUUAAUGAAUUAGAAAAACUGAAAGAGAAAGAUACAAAAAAAUAUGAUACAAAUAAAACAGAUGUUAAUAUUAAAGUAACAGAUUAUUUAAAAACAGGCAAUAAUGCUUUAAAUUUUCAAGAUAAAAGGAAUAUUAUUAAUACCUCAAAUAAAAAUUAUACAACAAAUUCUUUGAACUUUAUAGAAAAUAAAAGUAAAUUAGAAAAUUUAUCAUUAUAUAAUAAUCCCUCUUUUAAACAUAUGGAAAUUAAUAAAGAGAGUAUACAAGAAGCCCAUGAAAAUUAUGAAUUAGUUAAAAAUAAUAUGAAAAAAGAUAAUUAUAAAUUAAAAUUAAAAAUUAACAUUAAUGACAUUUAUAGUUCCUAUAAAAAAUUGAUGAAAAACAAACAUAAUAAAUACGAAAUUGAUGACAUAAAAAGUAGAGAAAACUUUAGUAUAAUUAAAUCAAAGAAAGAAAAUAAGAAAAGUAAAUGUAUGUUAAUGAAGUUAGAAAACGAAAAUGAAAAAAUAAAAAAUUCACAUCCUAAUAAUUCCUUAAGUUAUAAUAAAAACAGAAAAAAAAUAGAGUUAGUAAAAAACGUUAUUGUUCAUAAAAAGGGAAAUACAUCUUAUUUAGAAGAAAAUAUGAGUAAUUUCAUAAAAAGUUAUAGUAUUGAUUCACAUCAUAAAAAUUUAAGAAGUAAUAUUUUUUCUUUAUAUUUUAUAAAUAAAAAUGCCAAUGAUUAUAAAAUGGUUAUAUGUUCAGCCUGCAAAAAUUUGAGAAAUGAGUAUUACCCUUCUGAACAAAAAAAUAAUAUAUUAAAUUUAUUAUAUUUUAAUUAUCAGUUUUUCCAAAGAAAAAACAAAAUAAAAAAAAGUAAAAAAGUAUAUUUUUUUAAUUAUUGUCAUAUUAAUGAUAGAAAAAAGGAAAUGCUUAAGUUAAUUAAUUUUAAAAUGUUAAUAGGAUGCGAAAAAUGUAGUUAUUUUAUAUUAGAAAAAAAUUUUCUUUUUCAUCUUAUUGAUAAAAAUUAUAUAUCUUACUGUGAUGACGCACUAGUUGUACAUAUGAACUUGAAUAUGAAGCAUUUAUAUGAUAAGAAAAAACUUAACGAAAAUGACAAAAUGCAUUAUAACUGCAUUUCAAACAAAAAUUUAGUGGAAGAUGAAGAAAAAGAAUAUUUUAAAAAUAAAUUAUUUGAAGAAAAGAAUGCAUAUAGAAAAAAUUAUGUUUCAAUUUCUUUUUUUAAAAAUUUUUCUGUAAUAAUUUUCACACCAAAAAUUUUAUUAAAAAAUAAAUUUUUGUUUAAAGAUACAAUUUUGAGAUAUUUAAUUUUUUAUAAUAAAUGUUAUGUUAAAAAAGGAGAGAGAUACUACUAUAAUACAUCUAUAAAAAGGAAUAAUAAAAAAGAAUUUAUUUGUAAUAUAUGUAAAAAAAAAAGUUACUCAUUAAUAAAAUGCUCUUUUGAAAAAUGUUACAGAGCUUUUCAUAUUAAUUGUAUAAAUAAAAAAAAGCAAUUUCAUAAAUUUUCAAUAGAAUUUAAUGCUGAAAAUACUUAUCAUAUUUAUUGUAAUUCACAUUGUUCAAAUACUAAGAAUUUAAAAAUUAAGUUAAAUUUAUUCAUACUUUUAAAAGUUUUAUUAAAAUUAAAUAAUCCUUUAAUAGAAUAUAUAAAAAAUAAAUUUUAUAAAAAUAACAUUUUUCUUAAUUAUAUAUUAAACUCAAAAUUUUUGUUAAAUUCACUGAAUAUAAAUGGAAAGAAAUAUGAUAAUAAAUUAUUAAAGGAAAAAUUAUAUUCAAGUAAAAAAGGAGAAGAUAUCAUUAAAAAUUAUGAUAAUGAUAAAAUGUAUUUAUCAAAUUAUAAACAGAAAAUUUCACCUGAUACAUUUAACUAUCAAAAAUUUGUAGAAGAUAAAAAUAUUUCAAAAGAAUUUACUAAUGAAAUAAGUAUGAAUUUUAGAAGAAAAUAUUUGAAAUCAGAAGAAAAUAAAAUUUUUAAAAUUAUAAAAAUAAAAAACAAAGAAUAUAAAAUUAUAAUGAUUUUUAAGUUUUUACAAAACUUAAUGAAUAGAAAUUCUUUAUUUAUAAAAUUCAUGAACGAUAAGUACUAUAAAGAAUUAAAAAAGAAUACUAUUCAUAAUAUUCUUUUAGAAAAAGUUGAGAUAUUUAAAUUAUUUCUUUAUUCAUUAAUAUUUUCUAUAUUAUAUCCCAAAAAUAUGAUAUUUAAAAUAAUGAAUUGUAAUUAUUCCAAUAUUUUAAAAAAUUGUGAUUCAGUUGUUUAUAACUUUUAUUAUUUUGUUUUAAAUUAUUAUAAACUUAUUAAAAAGAAAUUUUUUCAAAAAAUUAAUAUUUUUAAUAACUUUCAUGCUAAUAUAAAUGAAAAUUUAGAAGGAUGUAACUUAAAUAAAUACUUGGAAAAUUUUCACAAAAAAAAUGUAGUAAAUAAUGUUAAAGAGGAAAAAUUUAAAGAUAUUAACAAAUUAGAAAAAAUGAAAAAAAAUUCAAGUAAAAAAAAAAAUUAUAUAAACGAAAAUUAUAUUUCAAAUGUAAUUACAAAUACAGAGAAGGUAAACUUAAGUUCAGAUUUUAAAAUGAAAAAAAAUAUAAAUAAAAAAAAAGAAUUAAAUUUAAGUAUAUUAAAACAUGACAGAUUUUAUUCUGACAUUUUAGAAAAAAAAAAAAAAAUAAUAGAAGAACUUAAAAACUUAUUUAUAUACGAAAAAAGAAAAAAAAAGGAUGAACCUCUUUUUACGUUCCAUAACUAUGAAAAAAAAAAUAAAACAAUUCUAAAAAAUAACAAAAGUUGUUAUUAUAUAAAAGAAGAGGAAACCAAUUUAAAAAAUAUUUCCAUUGAAAAAACAAAAAGUGAAAACCAAGAAAAUUAUCAUAAAGAAGAUAUUAAAAAAAAUUUUACUAAUAUAUUAUUUGAGGAAAAAAAAAUUAUAAAAAAUGAAAAAAUCAAUAGUGACAAUUCUUUAUUAGAAAAAAAGAAAAAUGAAGAAAAACAUAUUAUUUUAAAUGAAUGCGAUAAAAAAAAGGGAUUAUAUUGCGAUGAAAAUGAUAAAGAAGAUGAAAUAAAUUUAAAUGAAUAUAACGAAAAAAAGAAAAUAAAUUUAAAUGAUUUUGAUAAAAAUAAACUAACAUUAAAGGAAAAUAUGAAAAAGAAUGAUGAAGGAAAUAUAAAGGAAUGGAAUAAAAAAAAAGUAAAAGAUUUAAAUGGAAAUAUUAAAAAGACAGAAAAUUCUAUUAAAAAUGAUAAGAAAAGGAAAAGAAAUUUUCAUGAAAAUAAUAAUAUGAAGAUAUCGAUUAUCAAUAUAAAUUCAGAAAAAAAGGAAGAUAAAGUAGAUAGUAUAUUGGUAAAUUGUUAUGAAAAAUAUAAUAAUGAUUUAAAAUUCAAUGGUAAUAAUAAAAUACAAGAAAAUUUUUUAUCUAAUAAAGAAAAAAAAAUAAAAAAUAAAAGAAAAGGUUCUAAUUAUGAUUAUAAUAAGAGUAAUAGUAUAAGUGAUAAUGAAUGCAAAAAUUCUACAAAUUCUAGUAACGAUGUUCUCAUGGAUAAAAAUAUAAAAUAUAAAAAAAGAAAAAAAAAUUCUUUAGGUAAUGAGAAAAAUAAUCAAAAAUGUGAAAUGUCGUGCUUAUCUAACGAAAAAAAAAAGGAAAUUCUAAAUAAAAAUAGUUGCAUUAAAUCAAAUAAUUGUGCAAAUUUUAAUCUUCAAAAUAGUGAUAAUAUAACAAAUAAAUAUAGAAUAAUUAAUGAAGAGGAAAAAAAUAAAAUUAAAAACGAAGAAGGAAGUUUAGCAGAUGAUUAUAAAGAAUACAAUGCAAAUAAUAACAAAUCGAAGAAAGAAAAAUAUACUUAUAAAAAUAUAACACCACUUAUGAAAUCAUAUGAAAAAAAUAUAAAUCACAACAAAAUUAAUAUGAAAGAUGAAAAUAGCAAGGAAAACAUAUCAAAAAAAAGAAAUGAUAUAGAAUUAAAAAUGCAAAGAAAGAUAAAAUAUAAAUGUAAUAAUAAAAAAAAAAUCUAUAAAUUAAAUUAUACAAAAAAUAAAAGUAAAUCAAACACAGAAAAUAUUAUAAUGAAUACAAUGAUUAGCAAGAAAAAAAAAAAAUUAAAUGAAAAUCAUAAGAAAAUAGAUGAAGUUAAUGUAAAAGUGGAUGAGAGUAAUAUAAAAAUAGAUAAAUAUAAUUUUAAAUUAAAAGAAACAAAUAACAAAGAUCAUAAAGAAAAUAGUAAAAUAGAUGAACUGAAAGACAAAACGAGUGAAUGUUGUGAAGUUGAUGAAAAUAAUAACGAAAUUGAUAAGAGUAAGGAUAAUAAUAAUAAUGAAAAUAACCAACUGGACAAAAACUAUAGAAUAAUAAAUAAGUCAUACAAACCUCCAAAAAUUUCUAUUAAACAUAUUGAAGAAAAAAAAGAUGAAAAUGAUAAUUUAAAAUUAAAAAAAAAAAUAAAUGGGAAAGAACUUUUUUUGUCUUGUGAAAAAAAUGAAAAAAAAAAUUUUAAAAAAUGUAUUAAGAAUAAAUAUUUGAAAAAUGAAGAGAAUAAUUUUAUUGAUAUUUUAGAAUAUUUAGAAGAAAAUACAUGUAAUUAUAAAUGUUAUUAUAAAAAUAUAAUUAAUACUUUACAUUUUAAUAAUGAUUUUUCCAAUGAUGAAUAUAUUGAAUAUAUUAUGCCAUUAAAUGAUACAAAAAAAGUUGGCUUAAAUGAGAAAAUUUUGAAAAAGAGAACAAAAUAA